UUAACCUGGUUGGCGCUCUAUAGUUGUACUCCAUUUGAAAUUUCCAUCACCACUGUUCUACAAGCCAACUGACGGAAGCAAUAAGCACCAAUCUACUAGAUUACAUAUGCUUAACUUGGAUUAAGCACAAAAUAAUUGAAUUGAAUCACUUGAGUGAAUAGCAAUCAGUACGCAAUGUUAACUCAUACUUUACUUAAUAUUAGAAUAUACAUGACCUACAACAAAACAACUUAACCCGCUCGACAUCAGUCGUCAGGCUUUGCGCAACAGGAUUUAUGUUGCCUACAUUCCUAGCCGUAUACUGUCAACAACCUUUGCACACUCCAAAAGUGAAAAAAGUACAUACAAUUAUUCGUAACAUCUUCUUCGCUUUACCCGAUUUCCAAAUACACUUUCCAAAUACAAUCAGUGCACAGCAGGUGAUGUUACGCGAGCAAAGUGUUUCCGGCCGCCAUCACAGCUUUCUAAGUUUUUAAUAAAAAUGUUGUUAAUGCUUGUAUAAUUCUCAAAACGCAGCAGCACUUGAAACUUAGAUAUUCAACUACACUGUGUACAACUACGGCUGCAAGUCUGGGAAUAGUUGAUAUACGUGCGUACUCCGCAUACCCGAAGCACUUAACUAAAGCCAGCAUCUUCACAGAAUGUCUGGCAAAUGGCGGUAGUAUUAAGCACCAAUACAAACUGAAACAUGUUCUACUUCAAUUGUUUACCGUUUUACUUUGUUGCGAGGCCAGCUCAGUAGCAUGUUAUUCAGUUAAUGGAACGCAAGUCAACGAAAAUGUUAUCACCAAUAAACAAAUACAGUUGGCGAAGUUUUCAACACCACCAUGCGGUGCAAAAAAUGUUACUAUCACGAACCCGUUUGAGAUGCCACCAAACUCUUCUACAAUGUCAAACUCAAACACAAGCACUGUCGAAACUUUUGGUAGUUCAGUUCUUGAGACAGCAAACACUGCAUCAACCACGACCACAGCGCCCACAACCACUAAAACAUUGGCUUCUAAUGUGUCUAACACAACAUUUGAUGAAAUUCCACAAAUUCCUGUGUACAUACGCACCACUGCCAUGUUCUUCUGCAUAAUUAUUAUGGUGUUGGGUGUAAUUGGCAAUAUUAUGGUGCCAAUUGUUAUUGUAAAAACCAAGGAUAUGCGCAACUCCACCAAUAUAUUUCUAACUAAUCUCAGUAUUGCGGAUUUGCUUGUGUUGCUCGUUUGUACACCCACGGUGCUGGUGGAGGCCAAUACCCGCCCAGAGACCUGGGUAUUAGGCCAUGAAAUGUGUAAAGCGGUUCCGUUUGUGGAACUCACUGUUGCCCAUGCAAGUGUGUUAACCAUAUUGGCCAUAUCCUUUGAACGUUACUAUGCCAUAUGUGAACCACUCAAAGCCGGCUAUGUCUGCACAAAGACACGAGCAAUAUUUAUAUGCUUCCUAGCAUGGGCAAUCGCAGCGCUAUUUACUAGCCCCAUACUUUAUGUAGCAGAAUACAAAACGGUUGAAUACAUUGAUGGAUCAUCUGUGGCGGUCUGCUUGACACAGGCAAUCACCAAACUGACAAUUGGCUUCUUUCUGAUGACCAUUAUACUCUUCUUUUUGCUGCCACUCAUUAUACUAAUUAUACUCUACGGUAUUAUAGCCAAAAAUCUAAUUUCGAAUAAUGGUCCGAUGUUACGUAUACGUCCCAUCAAACCAGAAUUAAGUUUGAAGGCACGCAAACAGGUGGUGCUUAUGCUCGGCGCUGUUGUUCUAUCAUUCUUUCUGUGCCUAUUGCCUUUUCGUAUGCUUACCAUGUGGAUUAUAUUGAGCUCAGAACAGACAUUCAUUGAAAUUGGUAUUGAAAAAUAUUAUGGACUAUUGUAUUUUUGCCGUAUUAUGUUAUACUUAAACUCAGCAAUCAAUCCAAUAUUAUAUAAUCUGAUGUCAACGAAAUUUCGUAAAGGAUUUUUUAAAUUAAGUUGCAGUACUUGGAAUUUUAUUUGGAGAACAUUGACAUGUGGACGACCAAAGUGCACACGUGCCAGAAUGAAUGGUAAAGUAAUGGGCACAACAACAAAUACAACAACAUCCAAUACAACAACAGCAACAUCGUCUAGUUUAUUAUCGCGUAGUUCAAAUCGAAGAUCAAGCGAAGAAAUUGCACGGACGAGAGUGCAAAUUCAAAUGCAAAUGCCCUGUGGCAGUGACAGUGAAAUGGUGGCAAUGUUGCAUGUAAAUGAUGGAAAUGAAAUAUUGCAAUCCACAACAGACAACAGAAAUAUGCAAAUGCUAAAAAAUAAUAUGAAACAACAGCAAAAACAACAACAACCACAGCAGCAACAGCAAAAGCAAAAGCGGCAACAACAUCGCUUAUAUAUGCUUAGUAAUCGAGUGCGGUGUCAAAAACAACAUAAUUUUGAUGAGAAAUCAUUUCAAAAUCAAAAUGAAGAAAUCCCCAUACUUUAUGUAGCAGAAUACAAAACGGUUGAAUACAUUGAUGGAUCAUCUGUGGCGGUCUGCUUGACACAGGCAAUCACCAAACUGACAAUUGGCUUCUUUCUGAUGACCAUUAUACUCUUCUUUUUGCUGCCACUCAUUAUACUAAUUAUACUCUACGGUAUUAUAGCCAAAAAUCUAAUUUCGAAUAAUGGUCCGAUGUUACGUAUACGUCCCAUCAAACCAGAAUUAAGUUUGAAGGCACGCAAACAGGUGGUGCUUAUGCUCGGCGCUGUUGUUCUAUCAUUCUUUCUGUGCCUAUUGCCUUUUCGUAUGCUUACCAUGUGGAUUAUAUUGAGCUCAGAACAGACAUUCAUUGAAAUUGGUAUUGAAAAAUAUUAUGGACUAUUGUAUUUUUGCCGUAUUAUGUUAUACUUAAACUCAGCAAUCAAUCCAAUAUUAUAUAAUCUGAUGUCAACGAAAUUUCGUAAAGGAUUUUUUAAAUUAAGUUGCAGUACUUGGAAUUUUAUUUGGAGAACAUUGACAUGUGGACGACCAAAGUGCACACGUGCCAGAAUGAAUGGUAAAGUAAUGGGCACAACAACAAAUACAACAACAUCCAAUACAACAACAGCAACAUCGUCUAGUUUAUUAUCGCGUAGUUCAAAUCGAAGAUCAAGCGAAGAAAUUGCACGGACGAGAGUGCAAAUUCAAAUGCAAAUGCCCUGUGGCAGUGACAGUGAAAUGGUGGCAAUGUUGCAUUUGAUUUUGUUAUUAUUGUUAUUACUGUUGUUGUUGUUGUUGCUGCAAAUGCUUUCUCACAACUACACAUCCUUACCAAAUUUAAGUACAGUGGUGAAAAAAUAUUUAAGCCCAAUCAUAUUAAUAGCUACUUAUCGUGAAGAAAUCUACUAUGACGGUACCGAAGCGGCGGUAUGCUUCACAUCGGCGGAUACAUUUUGGUCGGCAUUUUACUUUAUAUCCAGUAUAACGAUUUUCUUUAUGUUACCGUUCGCUGUACUUGUGUUGCUGUAUGUAGCAAUUGCAUGCAAAUUGCUAAGACGAAAUUCCGCAUUUCAUCGACCUACUGCAGCUUCAUCAAAUAUCACUGCCUCAAUGAAUGAGCGACAAAGUCGGGCCGAGGUUAAGAUGCAAAGCAGUCAGCAUCAGCAGAGUAAUGGUAUGCGCAAGCAUCGUAAACAAGUCAUUUUCAUGUUAAUCGCGGUGGUUUCGAGUUUUUUCGUAUGCCUGCUACCGUUUCGUGCAUUUACUUUAUGGGUUAUAGCCAGCUCUGCAGAAGAAAUUGCUGCGAUUGGCAUUGAAGGAUAUUACAAUAUCUUGUUCUUUUGUCGUAUUAUGUUUUAUUUGAAUUCUGCAUUGAAUCCAAUAUUAUAUAAUUUAAUGUCUUCGAAAUUUCGUACUGGAUUUCGGCGACUUCUUUUAUCCUGCUGUGGUGUAGCUGCCGAACAACGUACCAGAAAUAUAGCAUAUACUGCCAGCCAUCGUGAGGCUCCUAACACAUUAUUAUAUGGGGACAAAUUUACUCAGCAUUCAAUGCGUAGAGAUACUGCAUUUUUUGUUAACUCUAUAUCAACGUCGUCGCAAGGCACUGAUCGCACAUCACUGCGUAGCGGAAGCGUGUCAACUGCGCCUUAUAAUUCCUUCCCCAAUGAACGAAACAUUGGUGCUGCAAUUAUUGGCAUAACUGCUGCUUCGAUUACAUCUGCAAAUUUACACGAUCGUCAGUGGAGCCUACACUGCGCUCAAUAACACAUUUCCAGCACAUAAAAUACAUACAACAAUUUAACAAAAUAAGUUAUCAAAAAUUAAUGUUUAAUGUUUGUUAGAAAGACUGAUGUACCUUCAAAGUCAAUAAACUAUUCAAAACAUAUUUUUUAGGUUUUUUGAUCAAUUAUAAAAUAAUUUUGUUUUAAUGUU